AUGGGUUCUUGUAUGAGCACGAACAAGGAGGAGGAGGAGCAGAAGAAGCGGAGUCAAGCGAUCGACAGAGUUCUCGAUGAGGACUCGAAACGGUUGCGACGGGAGUGCAAGAUCUUGUUACUUGGUUCCGGCGAGAGCGGCAAGUCCACGAUUGUGAAGCAGAUGAAAAUCAUUCACUUGAGGGGCUAUUCGGAAGAUGAACUUUACAACUACCGGGCUACGGUGUUCAAGAACCUCAUCGAAUGCGCCAAGGCCGUCAUCAAUGCCAUGGACCAGUUCGAUAUCGAGCCCAGCACCCCCGUGAACAGAGAGCACUGUGAUUAUCUGCUCACCUACACGGUCGAGUCGGGACCGUCGGCGCACAUCGACUCCAAAGUUGGGCAGGCUGUCCAGGCUAUAUGGAGCGACCCGUGUAUAGAGAGGCUGAUGGAGCACCAAACCGAAUUCUACCUGAUGGACUCGGCCGGAUACUUCUUCGAUGAGGUGUCAAGGAUAUGCGCACUGGACUAUCUGCCGAACGAAAUGGAUGUCCUACGGGCCCGAACGAAGACGACGGGUAUCUAUGAGACCCGAUUCCAGAUGGGAGCUCUCAGUAUCCACAUGUUCGACGUCGGCGGCCAAAGGAGUGAACGUAAGAAGUGGAUCCAUUGCUUCGAAAACGUCACAUCCAUCAUCUUUUGCGUGGCUUUGAGCGAGUACGACCAGGUGCUCUUGGAGGAAAGCAGUCAGAACCGCAUGAUGGAGAGCCUGUUGCUCUUUGAUUCUGUCGUGAACUCAAGGUGGUUUAUGCGGACUAGUAUCAUCCUGUUCCUCAACAAAGUCGAUAUCUUCAAGGUGAAACUGCCGAGGUCGCCACUUGGCAACUACUUCCCAGAUUAUUCGGGGGGCAACGAUGUCAACAAGGCCGCCAAGUAUCUCCUAUGGAGGUUUAAUCAAGUGAAUAGGGCUCAUCUUAACUUGUAUCCACAUUUGACGCAAGCCACGGAUACAUCAAACAUCCGGCUAGUCUUUGCUGCAGUGAAGGAAACGAUCCUCAACAACGCACUGAAGGAUUCCGGCAUCCUGUGA